CGCCGCUUCGUUACGAACGAUUACCAAACUUUGUUGGAAACAGCACAGCAGUGUGUGAUUACAAACGGCCCAGCUAUGCCCGAAAUUUUUAUUUUUUUUUAAUAUAACAACAUUAUCGUGGUGGAAAAUAAAAAGUACUAAGGAAUAAUAGAUCGAUUGGCAUCGGUUUUCGAAGACUAUAAUAACGCUUCGUGUACUCUGUGUUUUUUCUUUGUAAAUUCAGUCGCGAUCAAAAUGGGAGUACCAAAGUUUUGUAGAUAUAUCUGUGAGAGAUACCCUUGUCUGCUCGAAUUACUGAAUGAAUAUCAGAUCCCUGAAUUCGACAAUCUAUAUUUGGACAUGAAUGGUAUAAUACACACAUGUUCGCAUCCCAAUGACAUGGACGCUCACUUUCGUAUAACGGAGGAAAAUAUUUUCAAGAAUAUUUUCCAGUACAUAGAAAUAUUGUUCAAUACAAUAAAACCACAAAAAUUAUUCUUCAUGGCUGUUGACGGAGUUGCCCCAAGAGCUAAAAUUAAUCAGCAGCGGGGCCGUAGAUUCAGAGCUGCCAAAGAGGCUGAAGCAGUCGAAGCCAGAGCCAGAGCCAAAGGUGAAGAAAUUCCAAAAGAAGCAAGAUUCGACUCGAACUGCAUCACACCUGGAACUUUGUUCAUGGCCAGACUGACAGAACAAUUGAAAUAUUUUGUAACAUGGAAAAUAUCGACGAGCAAACUUUGGCAGAAAUGUAAAGUUAUACUAAGUGGACCGGAGGUACCCGGUGAAGGAGAACACAAAAUAAUGGAUUAUAUAAGAUACAUGAAGUCUCAACCGGACUACGAUCCGAACACGAGACAUUGUUUGUACGGACUGGACGCAGAUCUCAUAAUGUUGAGUUUGUGUACACACGAGCCUCACUUUGCCGUUUUGCGCGAGGAGGUCAAAUACGGGAAAGUGAAAAAAAGUACAUCACCGGAAAAAACGAGGUUUUGUUUAUUGCACAUAACUCUUUUAAGAGAGUACAUGGAGCACGAAUUUGCUCCUGUCAAAGACAAACUAGAAUUUCCCUUCGACAUUGAAAAAAUAAUAGACGAUUGGAUAUUGAUGGGAUUUUUAGUCGGCAAUGACUUCAUACCCAAUUUACCAAAUCUUCACAUCGAAACUGGUGCGCUUACAAUAUUGUAUAAGGCAUACAUGGAAGUUUUGCCCUCGUUGGACGGAUACAUAAAUGAAGCCGGUACCCUGAAUUUGGAAAGGUUUGAAAAAUUCAUGGAAAGAUUGUCGCAGGUUGAUACCGACCAGUUUAUGGAGCAUUUAGCCGACUUGAAAUAUUUCGAAGCUCACACCGGCAGACGACCGAAUGAGAAUGAGAGAACAAGUUAUAGAAAACCUAAAGAUUCGCCAGAAAAUUUAGCCUCCCCAAAAAAAUCAGCGAACAGAGAAUUGAGUGCUCUCAUUCAAUCGACCAACGACAUGUUGAUAGGCCAUUCGGACGAAGAAGAUUCUUCCGCUUUGGAUUCUGACAGUGAAACUUACAACGAAGAAUUUUCACAACAUAAACGAGAUUAUUACAUGAACAAACUCGAAUACGAGAACGUCGAUGCAGAGGUCUUACGAUCCCAGGCGGUGGCAUACGUGACAGCGAUUCAGUGGAACCUGAACUAUUACUACAACGGUUGCUGCAGUUGGUCUUGGUUUUAUCCGCAUCAUUACGCACCCUACAUUUCGGACAUAAAAGGUUUCCAAGAUUUCAAGAUCGAGUUCGAAUUGGCAAAGCCAUUUUUACCGUUUCAACAAUUGUUGGCCGUCUUACCAGCGGCCAGCAGGAAGUUGUUACCCGAAGCGUAUCAAGGAUUGUUGACGGAAGAACAGUCUCCAAUUAUCGACUAUUAUCCGUUGGAUUUCAAGACUGAUUUGAAUCACAAGAAACAAGAGUGGGAAGCAGUAGUUCUCAUUCCAUUUAUCGAUGAAAAAAGUUUGUUAGAUGCUAUGGAACCAUACAAUGCAAAACUCACGCCGGAAGAACAAAAGCGAAACAAACAUGGCCCAAUGUCAAUCAUCACGUACACUGACGAAGAUCUCGGCCUUUACGAAGCUCCACAGUAUUUUCCAACUAUUCAUAGCCACGCCAAAGUUGUUACACUUAAUCGCGAGGCCAUCGACGUGCCAGUAGACAAACUGGUUAAAGGAUUAUGCAAAGGAGUUAAACUUAGCACAUAUUUUGCUGGUUUUCCAACUUUUCAGCAUAUCAAGCAUACCGCAGCAUUCGAAAUGGCAAAGGUCAAAGUUUUCGAACAACCGUCGAGACGUGAAAACAUGAUAAUAUCGGUAGUACCGAGUGAGAUACCAAAUUUGCAUGACGCGGCAGGAAAAAUAUUGGGCAAAACCGUUUUUGUGGGGUGGCCGCAAAUGAAAGAAGCUCUCGUCGUCGGAGUGUCAACGAACGAUCGUAAAAUCACUUUGAUCAAUACGCAGCGAGGCUACAGUCCAGAAAAUGUCCGUAUCGAAGACUUGAACGCCGGGCUUUCCGCACAAUGGUCAGCACAGUGUCGUUCCGUUUACGAUGGCUACAAGGGUCGUUUCGGGAUCGACGUCGGAGACAUCGGCGUGUUGGUGUAUGCGUUACCAAUGUGUGGUAGGCAAUACAUAUUAACGGCUCAGGGAAGAAUGUCUUUGGAAAAAACGUGGUCGACGCAUCCGACGCCGUACGCUCACCAAGCGAUUGUGACGGACAUAGCAGUUCACGAUCCCGGUUACGUGCACAAUUUGAACAUCACGGACGUAUUCACCGUAAAAAGUAUCGUAUUCAUGCUUGGGCAUCCUCACUACGGAGCAAUGGGAGAAGUGAUAGAGCCGGGUCUCAACGCAAAAACGGGACGAAUAAAAGUUGCGAUGAGAAUCGAGAAUGAGCCGAAUUUCGAGUCGAUUCAAAGACAAUUCGGCGACUCUGAGGCACAGUGGAUGUCCACGGGAAUAGCAGCUCAACGACUAGGAGUGAGCAAUCAUUUUCUUAGUCGUAUAACUGGCUCGAUUUACGUGACUCAGGGCUCGGCCGAAGCACCAGAAAAUGGCAAACAAAACGUUGGUCUCAACCUCAAAUUUACUAAGAGAAACGAGGAGUUGCCCGGGUACACGAAAAAGUCAUCGGGUCAAUGGUUGUACAGCACUAAAUCGAUUGGUCUCAUACGCAGCUAUAUGCAUCAAUAUCCAUUGCUCUUCGAGCGUUUGGCGAAGAGGGUGACGAACGAUAUUUACAUGGAGAAUGAUCUUUUUGAAUCUGGACCUGAAAAACUUAGCGAAGUUGUCGAAUGGCUCAAGGAGCAGCCGUUCGCAUGUGUCGACACCCGCUCCUGCAACUCGAUCGGUCUCGACGGAGACACGAUCGCAAAGUUGCAAAAAGAGCUUGAAAGCAUGAAAAAUUCGGAGAAUCAAGAUGCUGGGAAAACCGUACUGAUGCAGGUGAAACCUCACUUGUUGUACAAGCCCGGUUUGCACUCGGGAAAUUUACCCCCAGACCCAAAAGCACAUCACAAAUUGUUCGACAGAAUAAUCAGCGUUAAGGACAGCUCCACUGUUCCACUUGGCUACAAAGGAACCAUCGUUUGCAUACAAAAGGCUGAGGACGCUUCGGACACGGUGUACGAUAUACUUUUCGACAAAGAGUUCGUCGGGGGUGUUUCCUUCAGCGGCGGAGCGGUGAAUCGUCGCCACAAGCUUCACGAAGCUGACUUCAUAAACAUAAGCCACGGUGCAAGAGGCGAGUUGGAUAUCGCGUCGAUAACAUCAGGAAUCCCAAAGCAAACGCCGGUACCACCAAAGUCUUGGAGGCAAGAUUCGACAAAUUCGAAGAAACAGACACUACAGAAUUUUCCAAACUCGAGUGCUCGGAAUCCCCGUCAAAUUCCAUUUCCUAAUUUUAAUCAAAACAAGAAAGUUUCAAACACGGAACCCCAGCAAAUACGAGUCAUGAAAAAGAACGACGCGACGGUGAAUCGUCCGACCCAGGCUAAUUGCGAGGCCCAGAAGGGAACGAAGCAACCGCAAAAUUCAGGAAAAGUACAAGCUCCCACGAGUACUAUCGAUUCCGGGGAUAUUAAAAAUACUAUAUUUCCACAAAAACAACCAGCACAACCACCGAGGCCCGAUCAGACCUCCGAAUUCCAGAUGUUAUGGAACGAAUUGUACAAAUCAUCUUUACCGCCGUCCGGGGUUUUGACACAAAAGCCAAUCAUGCCUUCAGUCAUGUCCCAACCAAAACCUGUUUCUAUGCCACCAUCCGCGAACGAUUCGCUUCAAGAUGAGAGUGCAUUUUUGAAAGCGAUGCUCAAAAUAUCGGACGAAAAUUCUAGCUCGUCCUCAAAAUCGAGUGUGUCGAUAGCCAGCAAACCCGUCGUCGCUCAGGAAUCUUCCAACACCUCCAGGGCACCGCCACUCGUUCAACAGUUGUUCGACCACGCUCGACAAGCCAGCCGCAAAGAGCCGCUUUCGUACACUGCCAAGUUGUUGGAAUAUUCGCAAUUGAGUGGUCGUGGAAUGCCCAGGUUCAAUUACCACACCAAUCAGCAGAACAUGAUUUGUGCACAAAUCGUCAUGCCCGACAUGAGAACUUAUUGUGGUGAAUUCUUCAGAGCCAGUUCAGAAGCUGCUGAGAAUGCUGCCGAAAUCGUCUGCAAGGACUUGCACUUGGACAAAGCUUCAAAACCGGGACUGAGCAUACUGGGUGCUCCGCCACCGAUGUGGUUGAAUCCUCUACAAAACGACCUUUCUCAAACACCACACAAUGCGAGGCCACCGCCGAUGAUGCCACCACGUUCGCCACAAGUUUUUCCAAACAUGCACAACCCACCUAUGCACAUGCAGCAGUGGAAUCCUCGUAUGCCACGAGCCCCGGCAUUCCCUCAGGUUCCACACCCGAACAUCAAUCAAAAUAGACCACCACCGGCGCAGAACUCGACGCAAGCAAUGCCAAAUCCUGCGGAAAUAGCGCGCAACGUCAACAAACCGGAAAGUAAAAAUAAAAAGAAUACACCUUUCGUGCCACUUCAAGCACAAAAAAAAUCGACGAAUCCAAAACCCAAGCAAACCUCGAGAAACUCUAAUCAAACGGCUAAAGAAACGAAGCACCAAUCUCACGAAACACAACCGAGAAAAAUCCAAGACGAUGCGUCUAAGCAAUCGAAAGAAGAUAAAAGUGAUAACGAGAGGAAAGAUACGGAUACAAAGAAAUCUCCUCAAACACCACAAAAAGUGCAGAGGGCUCCGAAACCGAGGAGAUCGCGAAUCGCUGCCAACUUUAAUACAGCACCAGCGCCUAAUGGAAACGCGCCACAAUAAAUACGUGUAUGUGUGCUUUGAUGUUCGACAACGUUAGGCCCGUGAUACGCGCAUAAAAAAAGCGCGCCACAGUAGAUAUAAGAAAAAUUACGAUAAUAUUUCACGAUAACACAAUGAAACAUACGUAAGCUUCUCGAGUCUUUUCGAGUGGCAAGGAUGAGAUUUAUCCCUGAAAGUAUACACCUCUUUGAAGCGAAAUAAAGAAGGCAGGGGAGGGGGGAAGGGGUUGGGGUCUCGUGGACCCCGAGUGUACUUUGAGGGUUAAAUUCGUGACGAUCAACCGACUCCUCAUAUUUUGGCAUAAGAUUUUGGAAAAUCAUGUUUCGCUAAGGAGUUUUUUUUUUUAACGUACACGCGAAUUAACACGCCUGAGGCGUUAGACGAAACGUUUUGUAGUUUUAACGACCGCGUACGACGUCCACAUUCUGUACAGAUUGUAAAGUUAACAAUAUUUACACGAAUUAUCAAUUCAUAUACUGACGAAAAAAGUAUUUUAAUUGAUUACGCUUGGACCGUGAACGAUUACUCUUUUUUUUUCUCUUCAUUUCGUAAUUUGUAUACUUUGGAUCGAUUUUAUUUUUUUUUCCAUUUUUUUUCUUUUUCCGUCCCUUUCGUCACCGCAAAUACGUAGCGAAGAAGCAUCGAAGUUCCGCAUUAUUUUAUUUUUUAUGUCGACCCACGCAGCAGAGAUUCAAAACGACGGGUCGAGUGAGACUCGCUUUCUACAGACUGCAAUUACCUGAGAUACGACGGAAAUCCUGUUAGUAUAAAAAAAAGAAAAAAAAAAGAACAAUAAAGAAAAAGUAAAGAAACACGAAGCUUCAUGCAAUGUGUCCGAAUAUAUAUUCCUCCUGGACUUUUAGAUUGAGAUAUUUCUCACCGUUAGAGCCGCUUAUUAAUUUUAAAAACCACUAUCGUUUGAUACACUCCGUGUUCAUUUUGAUUUUUUUUUCUUCUCUUCUUUUGUAUGCUUAUUCUCCCACAAUCCGUUUCCACGCAUCCGUGUGGGUCCGUAAUCAAAUAAUCCCCGAAAUAGGUACGGCAAUAUCUGCUCUUUGUAGAUUAGCAAAAUACAUUUUUCUUGGACACGAAUAAAUAAUCACAAAGUACAA